GAAUGUCAGCUAAUAAUGUUUCUACCAAAAUCAUGCUGUUGCAGGAGAAUUCCUCCGACAUUGGUAAAUUUAUCAAAAUUAGAUGUGCUGAUCAAGGAUGGAUCUGGGACUGCUACUGCACAAGUCAAAUUGCUAAAUUCGAUUGAGAAUAAGUUUAUCAUCUCCACCAAGUAUAGUGUUGAGGGGCCUCUUCGUAUGAAAGAAGAGUAUGUUGAAGGGACAUUUGAAUCUCCAAAGGUCAAUGAGGAAGCUGUACCUGAACAACUAAGAGGUGCUUUUGGCCAGGCUUUUAACACAGUGCAACAACUUCCUGUCCCCAUUAGAGAUGCUAUGUCCAGUGGGGUGAAAGUUCCUCUUGGAGGGACCUUUCAGAGACUUAUUAUGAUUUCUUACCUUGACGAUGAGAUCCUGAUCGUAAGGAAUGCUGCAGGAGAACCUGAGGUCCUAACAAGGUUGGAGGCACCACCUGAAACGGAACGAAUAACUGAAUAUGAGAGUUAACUGACGCUAGGCACAUUUUGUAUGAAAAAACAACUCUCACUUUCUCCCAUUACUCAUAUUUCUAGGUAACGUUGAGAAUACGUUGUAUAUCAAUUUCACAACAAUCCUACCUACCUCAUUCUUUCUUUUCACAAGUGUUGUACACAGUAAUGCCACAUCGAUGAGCAACGAACAUGAGCUCACUCCAUGGUAGAAAAGAACUGGUAAAAGUUGCCAUGGCUUUGUGAAUGAGUCUUAUUGACGUGGAAGAAGUGGUUGAUGUUAGUAAGAAAUAGAAAGGUUGUUAUCAGAGUUGGUAUUAGACAUGUCCAUCUUACGUUUGUAUGAUUGUUUCUUUAUGACAUCUUUGGUUCACACAUGUUUAGCUAUUA